AUGCGGCACUUGCCAGCGGAGAGCAAGGAAAGCGCUAUACCUGCAACACCUGGCUUAAUGUCUCAGCCGGGAACAAGUAAGCAGCAACAGGAUUUUAAUCCUCAGCCAUCAUUUAAAUCGCAAGGUACAUCGAGCAAACUUGAUGAAUUAUUACAUAAACAAGCAAUUAACUUUAAGGCUUUUAAAAGAACUGUAACAAGUAUCGAUGUUGAAAAAAUAUGCACGAAGUGGAAAUUCGAGGAUGCCCUGCAUCAGUUAAAUUCCCGAUGGAGCGUUAUUGACUCCCUUCAUUGGGAAAUCGACAGCAUUCUGGACGGGGAAGACGUUGAUUACGAGAAUUCUUUCACUCGCCACGAAAGCAUUUUCAACAACCUUAAAGAAGCGAUAAACACAAAGCUCUGGUCAGUCUCUCACAGAGAAAAUAUAACACCGAAGGUUGACAUUCCGAUUUUCAAUGGAAACUAUCAGCAAUGGGUAUCUUUUAAAAAUUUAUUCAACGAAGCAGUACAUCUAAAUCCAUCCUUAUCGAAUGCCCAAAAAAUGCAGUAUCUGAAAAGUAAGAUCAAAGGCGAGGCAGAACGCCUCAUACAGCAUUUAUCUAUAAGCUCACAAAAUUAUACUUCCUGUUGGGAAAUAUUAAAUCACAGAUACGAGAAUAAAAAGCUUAUUUUUACAUCUCACAUAAAUGUAAUUUUAGGUCUACCCAACACGCAGCAGCAAUCGCUAACACAAAUUAAAAACAUGCACGAUGCCACAAAGGAAUGCCUGAAUGCCAUUAAGAACCUUGGUGUUGAUACAAGCACGUGGGACCCGAUGAUCGUUCAUAUUUUAGCGCUCAAAUUAGAUACUGACACUCAUAACGAUUACAUCGAGUCAUUGAAAAAUCCUAGAGAGCUACCAACACUUCAAGAAUUUCUAAGUUUCCUCGAGAUGAAAUUUACUGCAUUAGAAUCAUCUAAGCGCAAGCAAGAGCCACCUAAAACAUUCCAGCACCCUCAAAAACCAACACCAGCAGCAUAUCCUAAAGCAUUCCAGAAAUCACAUUUAUUUAAAUCAUUCGCUAGCAACCAUAAUAAUUCAUCGCAAAACGGAAAAGGUAUCAAUUACACAACGCAAAACUGUCCAAUAUGCAACAAUAAUCAUGCAAUAAUAUAUUGCAAUAAAUUCGCGGAAUCUCAACCUAAACUGCAAUUACAAACAAUUACGAGGUUACAGCUAUGUCAAAACUGCCUGUAUAAUCAUAAUGGUAAUAAGUGUUUUUCCACGAAAAGAUGCCGAGUAUGCAAUGAGAACCAUCAUACUUUGGUUCAUGAAGCGUUCGCACAGCGGACAUCCCAAAAUACAGCUAGCACAGCAAGCCUCGAAAAACAACCGAAAAAUAGCUCUAACGUGUCUCUGGAUGAUACACAAGAAAUUUUACUAGCAACAGCUCAAGUUUCAGUUCAAGCUGCAGAUGGUUCGUCAUUAGUCAUGCGUGCUCUCAUAGAUCAAGGAUCACAGACUUCCCUUAUAACCGAAAAUGCAGCCCAGAGACUCGGUCUGCCGCGUCAGCAUUGUAAGGGAGUGAUUUUAGGUUUAGGAGCGAAAGAGAACACGUGUAAAGGCUUUAUGAACAUAAAAAUAUCUUCACAAUAUAGCGAUUAUUCAUUAAAUACAGGAGUUUUUAUAAUGAAUCAUGCGGUGAACAAUCUACCAAACAAAUCGUUCAACAAACCAGCGUGGUCAUUUAUUAACGACAUACAGCUAGCCGAUCCAGAGUUUUAUCGACGCCGACCAGUCGACUUAUUGUUAGGUGCCGAUGUCUAUUCAUCUAUUAUCAUGGAGGGAAUUAUUAAGCAAAGCGAAUCUAUUCCUGUAGCGCAGCAAACACGCCUUGGGUGGAUUUUAUGCGGCAACGUAAAGUCGUUCCAAUGUAACGUUGUCAUGGUCGACGUGGAUAGCCUUCAAAAAUUUUGGUCAAUUGAAGACAUUAACGAAAACAUAGAUAUAUCACAAGAGGAUUAUCAAUGUAUUCAGCAAUACAAAUCAACAACAACUCGUCAGUCAGAUGGAAAAUACGUUGUUCGUCUCCCUUUACAUCCAGACGCAGACGAAAAGCUAGGUUUAUCGAAAACAAAAGCAUGCGCGCAAUUUUAUCAAUUAGAACGAAAGCUACAAAAAGACGACAAUUUAUUUAAUAAAUAUAAAUCAUUCAUAAACGAAUACAAAGAAUUGGGUCACAUGCACUUAACAAUAGCGCGUAACAUGAAACCUGCCUACUACAUGCCGCACCACGGUGUACAUCGAGCCGAUUCGAGUACUACGUCAUUACGAGUUGUGUUUAAUGCAUCCGAAAAAACAUCGACGGGUGUAAGCCUUAAUGACGUCAUGUAUAGAGGUCCGAAUUUACAGCAGGAUAUCUUAUUAUUAAUUUUAAAUUGGAGACAAUAUCCUUACGCAUUUAUAGCAGAUAUCGAAAAAAUGUUUCGACAGAUUUUAAUUUCAAAGCAAGAUCAACGUUAUCAGCAAAUAGUUUGGCGCGAAAAUCCGAAUCAACCACUCAAGGAAUAUACUUUGUCAACUGUUACGUAUGGUACAAAAGCAGCGCCCUUUUUAGCAAUGAUGACGCUCAAGCAGUUAGCCAAGGACGAAUGCAACCGUUACCCGAUAGCAGCGAGGGUGUUAGAAGAACAAUUUUACAUGGAUGAUCUUCUUAGCGGUGCAUUUGACAUCAUAUCAGCGAAGCAAUUGCAAAGAGAUCUCAUCGAUUUACUCAAAUCGGGAGGAUUUAAUCUCCACAAAUGGUCAGCGAAUGAGUCAUCAUUAUUAGAAGACGUUGAUAAAGCAGAAAACCUAGCGAGCGAUACGUACGAUCUUAAACAUCAGCAACAGUUAACGUAUAAUACUAAAUUAGAAGCAAAGAAAAUAUUAUCAAAUGUCGUUACAAAGAAUAAUAAUAUUUCAGCGAACUUUAUUAGCGAUUUUAUUGAUAAAUAUAGCAGUUUUACAUAUGCGUCACGAGUACUAGCAUGGAUAUUGCGAAUAUCCUCGUCCGUAACAAAACAACAUUAUUUAACUACACAAGAGUUGCAAAAUUCACAAUUAAAAAUUAUAAAAGCUAUACAGUAUUUAGAAUUUAGUCAAGAAAUAAAUGAUUUAAAUAGCUUAAGUAGAGUAGAUUCAAAGAGCAAGUUAUUAUGUCUUAAUCCAUUUCUAGACGAACAAGGUUUAUUAAGAGUUGGAGGUCGUUUAAAAAACAGCAACAUCUCAUAUAACAUGAAACAUCCCUAUAUAAUACCACAGAGCAGUCAUCUUACAAAUUUAUUAUUGAUUUAG